GUACGAUUUUAGGAGGACCCGGGGGGUAAUCCAAGUAUCCAACCCACCAUUUCAAAAAGUUAUCCAAUCCCUCAAGUUUGGGGAAUAUCAGAGAAAAGUUGGUGUCGCAUCAUCGAGAGAAAUCUCUUUCAGGAUUGCUUUCGACAUGUCGGUGGAUAUCAGCACGGUCGUCAUACAAUUGAAAUCUCAUCGGAGAUAUGGUUUUAGGGACUGAAAGUGGUCGCGAACCUCAGCCACUUGAUCGCUGAUCGGAACGACAUCAAACGAAGUCUUUACUGCUAUUCUGCAAGAGGGGAAAUCGUUCCAGUACUCGGUGUGGACCGAUUGAUCUAACGCGUUUGUCGCCAUUCUGGUUCUACGCGACUAAAAACAAACGUCUCUCCCAUCGCCAUAACGAUAGCCAGUCUCUGUAUCGCAAUGAAAACCAUCUUGGCCGAAACGAUAGCCGUAACCAUCAUCAUCAUAGCAGCCCCGUCGUCGCUAUAAAAAUAGAAACCGUUUCUAUGUAUACUCUCUUUUGUCGUCGCGUCGGCUACUGCUGGCCUGAUUGACUUCCAGCACGCAACGGUCGUCGAAAAGGAGCACAAAACCGAGCCCCUCAGGUCCAAAAACGUCAAGAUUGUACUUGUCUAGCAGCGGGAAACGUAACGAGAAUCGAACGAGAAAGAGCGACGGAUGAUCGAGGUCUUACUUGAUAAUUAAGAUGAUUGGUGACGAUAGAGGACGGCUACGUAAUUCACGAUCGUGCGCUCUCUCGCACUCGAGCCUGGGUUAUUCGAAAACCAACACGUGGCUCAAAAAACUGGCCAUCGAUAAAUUCACUUAAACGAUGGGCGAUAUCUAGACAUUCUGUUAACGCGUGUUACUUGUAACAGAGCAAAAAUAAGUCUGGGGAAUAGAUGGCCUUCAUUUUUUCUUUGAAGUGCAAAAUAAAAUAAGUCUACACCCUUAGGGUUGAGCGGGAUGAAUUCCGCUGUACAAUCAGCUAUUAUAGUUGGAGGGUCUGAAUAAUUAUUAUUCUUUUGGAUUGCUUGAAGUCGACAGACUACGGACUGACAUUGAAAUUGACGAUAGAAAAAACAAACCAGUUUUCUUUUUUUUUUCAAGUUGAAUCCGACAGCAUAUAGUAAGUAUAUAAUAUAUAAAGUAAGAUAGAGUACUUUUACAAAACCUCGUUCGAUCGAUUCAAAUCAACAGAGUGUGGACCGAAAUGAAGUUGGCGUGCAAACAAACCCGUUUCCAAGUUGAAUUAACAAUUUUAUACCAAACCUCGAGGUAUCAUAAUCACUCAAAUAUGGAGAUGAGAGACCAAGUUAUUGAAGUACCAGUCUUAAAGUGCAACGAACGAAUGCGCAAUUUAGAAAAUAAUUAUUAUUUUUUAUUUUUUUUUCUACUCUAUUUUUACUCUGCGCAAAAGUUCCAACCUCCCGACAGGUAUAAAAAGCCACGCAUCAUUUCAAUCGACACUUCAUCACUGAGAUCUCUCGUCCACGCGUCCAACUUUGCAGCAAUGGCGUUUUCGACUUCACUUUUGGUUCUGGCCACGGUUUGCUGUUUCGUCGUGAAUGCAGCCGAAAAGAAUCUGUUACCCGUUCCUUCCGGGACUAGCCAUCGCCAAUCCAGGCAAAUGUUCGUCAUGCCUCCGCCGCUAUUUAAUUAUUUCAAUCCCUAUGGGUAUCAGAUGAUGGUGCCAGCAGCACAAGGCGGCUAUGAAUCGGAAAUAGAAGAAAGGCAGAAUCCAGUUCCGGAAAUUACUUUAGCGCCAUCAGCUACAUCGUGCAUCGCUGCCGCCACCACCUCCAGCAAUUGUAUAUUGGCAUCCAGCACACCGACAGGAUCUUUUACGGUUACGUUUAGUGCAAAUGCCCAAACUGUUGCUGUGUCGAUCGGGCCGAGCAAGUUUUUUUUUACCAAAGUGAAAGUCACCUGCGAUACCCUCACGAAUGUUAAAGCCUUCACGAAAACCACCGAAUUAUCAGCAACGGUUAAGGAAGCGCUUGAAGAUAAACCAAUCGUGUUGCUUGCGACUUCCACCGCGACCGGCUCAUUGAAAUGCAAAUGGACCUCACAAUAAUCACUCGACGUGCUCUACAGCAAGUACACCGCAACAGACCUACUUAAUGCUUAAUACUUAUUAUAUCUUUGCAUAGUUUUUAGCUUCGCUUGUUGUAUGUUAUCGAAAUCAAGAGUUCAAACAACCAUUUAAUGUUGCCGUAGCUCUCGAUAUCGACGGGGCUUAUUUAAUUUUACACUGACGUUCAAAUGUCGAUGUAAUAUUUAAAAAGAGUAGAAGAAUACAUUGAUUUAAAGAAAAGAAAAA